AUGGAAAAUGCGCUCAUACAAAGUAAAGUUAAAUUAUUGUUUGAAAAAAUUCUUGAACCCAACUAUGUUAUGGAUAAUUAUUAUGCUGAUAAUUUAUUUAUCAAAAUAAACAGUUCUGAUCCAGAGGUAAACUUCUUUAAGUCUUUGCCAUUUAUGCCGGAUAUGAUUGUGGAAGCACUAAACCAUUUUGAAACAUUACAUAACACAGUUAAAGUUUUUCUCAUAAGGUUGCUUGCAGUCGCCUGUGACAGGGAACUGAAUUUUGCAAAAAUAUUUUCUAAAAAAGGCGAUAUUCUAGCUCAAGCGUUCACCCAAAUUAACUGUCCUACAAUGAACUCUAGUCUUAGAGUAGCUUAUUUGGACGUGGCCUUGACACUCGUGAACCACAACUCGGGUGUUUGUUGGUUAUACGAUAGCGAUGCUUGGAAGCAGAUUUUGUUGCUGUGCAAUGAAAAAAGAACGGUCUUUGUUAUUCGAAAAACCUACAAAUUUGCAUCAGUAUUUAUAUGGCAACUGAAUGGUUUGGGAGAUGAGACCAAAGUGAAGACUGUGCUUGAUUAUAUAUUGAGACCGGUACUCGAGACCGAUUAUUUAACAAUGGAUACAAUGACAAGCGAGAAUGAGGAAGAAAUAAGCAAAACGCUUGAACCAAUGUUACAGAUGUUGUUGUCAAUAUUGAGUAAUAUGGAAGAAAUAAGAAAGGAGAACAAUUUGUUAACAGACCUUUUGAUAAGAAAGUCUAAAAUCACGAGUCAUUGUUAUGUCCUUAAAGAUAAACUGCGAAGGGAAGAUAUGAUGUUGCUCUUAACUAAAAUACUUUUUUCGGUAUCCGUACUGAGAGUAAUUAAUGCGCAACCAGUACCAGACAACGAUAUGUACCAUAGAGAAACCUUUAUAGAUGUAGGGGCCAUUUAUUUUAAUAUUGUUCAGCUUUUGAUUCAAAGGCGCAGCCCGACAUUACUAUUCGAUUUUUGCAAUGCUUGCAGUGCGAUUUGGACGUCUGCAUGGGAGGGUAAGCCGCCUGCUAUAUGGGAGAUAGAUGGUAAAAAGAUUGAAUUACAUAAUCAGAUAGUUUUCAUUAUUCUUGUACCAUCUCUGGUCUAUGUUACCUUUGGGAAACCCAAAUCAAUGUUGUCGAAUGAAAGAGUUGAUGAGUAUAUUGUUAAAUUAAUGUCUUCGUUGUGCGAACAUACCGCAAGAGCAGCGUACGCUUUGAGAGAUCUCACAUUACAGCUGGACACACUAUCGAUAACCCUGCAAAGUGUGAAAAGGUUGAGUUGUUGGAAAAAACGUUUCAGUAAUGAGCAAGCAAAUUUGGUUUUCCAAGCGCUAUUCUACGUGUUAAAGGAAUAUGAUCCGAUAAAUGAUGAAGGGGAGAUGAGUAGCGAGUCCACAUUUGAAGAUAGCCAGGAGAAAAUUCUAGUGAUGACGUAUGUGUUGGAUACAUUGCUGACGCUGGUAAAGAAUUAUAACAUUACAUGGCACGAGAGUUUUGAAGUGUUGUGUUUGUACAAUGUGGUUUACCAUAUACUGAAAAGGCCUAAUUUGACUUGCAAGUUUGUGGUGACGGCGUUAAAUAUGAUUGCGAUGACUGUGAAGAAGUUCCUACCACCAAACUUGUCACUCCUGAUGGAAUCGAAGCCUGGUUCUGCCAUGCAUGAACUGGGCAAACUGAUCUACGUGAAGCUGCACGACUUCCAAUGGGAAGUUCGAGACUCUGCUCUUGAGCUACUUCUUGUGUGUACAGAGAUAUCGUUUAUAAAGUUCCCGCCAUUUCAGGAUCAAAUUACGUCGAAUAAAUUAAUUGACGUGGCUGCUACUUUAGCAUUAAACGACCACGAGUUCUACGUGCGCGCAUCCGCGCUCAAAUGUCUGGGAGCAGCCUCCAAAGUAAACAACGUAUGGGAGCAGCUGAAGUUACAGUACCCUAAUAUACAGGAAUUGGUGCUAUCCAUUAUGAUGGAAAAUCCGGAAGGCAUUGUGCGAAAGGAAGCAUGUAACGUUCUGUGUGAAAUUUAUCAAAAUAUAAAAAUUACACCAGUAUUUAGGCAAACGCUAUAUGAGUGCAUGGUUUCCACAGCACUGAACGAUUUUCAUUGGGAGGUACAAUUGAACGCACUGAGGUUUUGGAAGUCUGUUAUACAACAGCUCUUAAAUGCUCAGGGAAUGUUGGACGGCACAUUCCCUCCAGUAACGUUCUCGAAAGAGUCACGUAAAAUAGUAACAUUAAAUGAGAAAGAAAUUCAGAAGAGGCUACAGAAAACGCUAGAGGAGCUCGCUUCGAUCGGCUGCCUUACUGUAUUGGUGAAACUAUUGCAUGACGAAUCUGAAGUGGAAAUAAUGGAAUCGGCACUUUCAAUAUCGAUGGAACUUUACAAUAUAUUAAAUCAAUAUAAAGUACCAGAGAUACUUAAACCGAACGAGGGUGAUCCAAAGAGCGUAGAUGAGCUAGACUGCAAAAUCAAACUCAGGGAUUACACUAGUAACGAUACUAUAACAGAAGUUGAAACGGACACAACAAACAAAGUCAAUAAUGUUAUAGAUGGUAUCUUGAAUGUAGAUGAUGUAAAUUUGUUAUCAAUGAUGUACGAGAGACAGAUGAUGCUACAAAACGAUGAGCCUCAAGUGAACGAACAGCAGAACCGUGCGAAGUUGUUAAAAUUUGCAUCGCCUUACUUGUUUGUUACGCAUUUAAAGAGUAAGGAUUUCAAGACUGUGAUAGAACAGAAGAAGAAGUGGAAAGAAGGCAUAAAAAGCUUGUCGUCUUUGUUGGAUGACGUUCUUGGAAUUUACGAGUUGAAUGAAGAUGUUAAUUCAUUAGAUUGUUAUUAA